CUACAGCGCGCAACACUUCCGGUCCUCCAUUUCCGGUUUGAACAAACAAACAAACGGCGGCUUCUCCGGAAUCAGAGCGCGCGAGCGUGUGAGCGUGUGAGCGUGUUUAUAACGGUGUGUUUAUUAACCGGGUGAUGUCGAGAUCUUCCCACCACCAUGUGCCACUUCUCCUCUCUGAAUCUGGAAUGACGACGUCUCCGAGGUUCCAGAGCUCCAGAGCGACAGUCGUGAAGCCGGACAUGGAGUUCCAGACGCCGGCCGUGUCGGAGAAGUUUCAGAGCCGGUUCGGAUGGAGACCACACAGGGCCGAGGGCGAGACGGGUCCGGGAGCGAAGACCACAGACAGCACGGAGGAUUCCAGCAGCGCUCCGUCCUUCCAGCCAAUCAGGAGUCAGAUCCCCAUCCCCACCGCCCAUGUCAUGCCCUCCACGGCCCACAAUCCAUCACAGCACCCCACAGACUCCCGCUCCAGCUCCUCCAGCUCCAGGUCGUCGCUCUGUAAAUCCGCCUCGUCCCCGAACCUGGAGUUGCAGGAUGGAGGCGGAGUCAAGCAGGACUGCCUGAGCCGCUACCGCAGUCUCGUCAACGGGUUGGACCACUCGCUGUUCCCCGGUGCCGACCACGACCACACCCGGCUGGACGAGGGCCAGGGCUUCGAGACGCCCCCCGUGGAGCCGACCCUGAACCAGUCGGCGCUGCUCGGGGGAUUUGGACCCGACGUCAGGAUGAAGCUGCACAUGACGGGACUCGGAGACGGCGCCGAUUACCGCGCAGACGCCUUCCGUACCGCGCUGGAUCAGAGCUACAAGGUGUUACCCGAAGCUAGAGCGGGAAUCCCGUCGUCGUCGUCGGAGCCGUACGGCAAAACCAAGGUGCAUCCGGGAGAAAACAUGGCCGACUGGCAGCAGAAGUUCGAGAGCUUAAGAAUGCAGGUGGAGCAAAUCCAGCUAUUAGGGAGUGCUCAGUACUCGUCUACGUAUCCGUCUCCUCUACAGUCUGAGAGCGGUAAAUGGGAGGCGGUGAUGAAGGCCAAUGAAAGUCUUCUAAAGGAGAAGGAGCUCAUCAUCGACAGGCAGAAGCAGCAGCUGUAUCAGCUCGAGCAGCGUCUCCGAGAGAGCGAGUUACAGAUCCACAGCGCCCUCAUGGGACGAGGAGCGCCGCUCGCCGACGUCUGUCUGCUCAGACUGCAGGAGGCGCAGCGCGAGAACGCCUUCCUGCGCGCCCAGUUUGCCGAGCGCAGCGACUCGUUCGCUCAGGAGAAACUGGAGGCGGACCGGCGUCUGGGCGCCGUGGAGGCGGAGACUCAGCGUCUGAGCGAGAGUCUGAGGGAGAGCGCGGAGAAACACGCAGAGGAGCUGAAGAAGCAGGAGGAGAGGAUCCGCAAUCGAGACAAACACAUCACCAGCCUUAAGAAGAAAUGUCAGAAGGAGGCGGAGCAAAACCGCGAGAAACAGCAGCGCAUCGAGACGCUGGAGCGUUACCUGGCCGACCUUCCCACCAUGGAGGACUACCAGAGCCAGAGGAAACGGCUGGAGACGGCGGAUCAGAAGGUGGAUGAGCUGCAGGUGUUGGUGGAGGAUCUGGAGGCUCAGCUGAAGGAGGUGCGAGCGGCCAGUCGGGCUAAAGACGGACAGCUGGAGGAGCAGAAACACAGAGAGAGGGAGCUGCUCGCUACGGUCACUAGUCUGCAGGCCCGGGUGCAGGAGGGGUUGGACGACGGGGCUCGGUUGCCGUCUCUGGACGUCGAGAAGCUGCGAGAGGAAAACGUGGUGUUGAAGGAAGAGCAGCAGAAACUCAAGAAGGUUGUUGAGAAGCAGCUGAGGAUGAUGGAGCAGCUCAGCUCUCAGAUCAGGAGUGUGCAGCAGCAGCUGGUGGAAGAGGAGAGCAGCAGUCAGGCUCUGAGAGACGAGCUGAACUCGAAAGAUCAGCAGCUUCUUCAGUUACGCUCGGCUGUAAAGGAGCUUUCUGUACAGAACCAGGAGCUGAUGGAGCAGAGUGUGUGUCUGCGUGAGCGUCUGCAGGCCGAGUCGAGUGUGUGUGACGCGAGACUGACUCAGCAGCUGCUUGGUGAAAUGGCAUCGUGUCUGACUGACCUGCGCUCGCUCUGCAGCGUCCUCACACACACCGCGCACGGCCGAGACCCCAACCUGUCCCUGCUGCUGGGGAUCAGCGCCCCUGCUGUACCAGAGCCGUGUGAUGAUUGGCUGAACCCUGCAGUUCUACAGAAUAAACUACAGGAGGCGCUGCAGCUGAGACGAGACGUGGAGGAGCUGAGGAACACCGUCUCAGACCGCUACGCCCAGGACAUGGGGGAGAACUGUACCACCCAGUAACGCAGAACCCGAUCAGAACCACCCAGUAACACAGAACCCAUAGAACUCGUAGCACCCAACUGAACCUACCUGGUGACGCAGAACCCGACAGGUAAAGCAAAACAUGCAGAACCCAACCUGCACCAGCCAGUAACAUAGAACAUGCAGAACCAGAACUGUUCUACCCAGUAACACGGAACCCGAACAGAACCAACCAGUAUUGCAAAGCUAAUAAACCCGACCGGAACCACCUGUUAACGCUGCACCCAUAGAUCCCAACUAAAACUACCCGGUAACGCAGAUCCAGAACUGUGCCACUCAGUAAUGUGGUCCCCAAACUUGACCAUAAGCAAUGGAGAACCCGCAGAACCAGAAGGAUCUAAACUCUAAACUGAUAAAACUGAACUCACCAUCUAAACUUCACGAGAAGAAGCUCCAUGAGAACCUGAACCUGAUCUCAACACUACACCCAGAACCAGAGGAACCGGCAGAACCACCUAGAGUAUAAACAGAACUAAUGAGAACCAGCAGAACUUGUGGAACUGAAAUCAUAACUUGUUCCCCUCUGGAAGCUAACAAUGCUAACAACGCUAAUGCUAACAACACUACACUACUUAUUUUUAUAUAAAGUACUUUGUAUUUUUCUAACGUCUGUAAA